AUGCAGCCCGCAGACCCGAGCUGCCCUUCCCCCGGAGACCUGGACGCAGCCCGCAGACCCGAGCCGCCCUUCCCCGCGGGGACCUGGACGCAGCCCGCAGACCCGAGCCGCCCUUCCCCCGGAGACCUGGACGCAGCCCGCAGACCCGAGCCGCCCUUCCCCGCGGGGACCUGGACGCAGCCCGCAGACCCGAGCCGCCCUUCCCCCGGAGACCUGGACGCAGCCCGCAGACCCGAGCCGCCCUUCCCCCGGAGACCUGGACGCAGCCCGCCGCCGGAGCCGCCCUUCCCCGCGGGCACCGGGACGCAGCCCGCAGACCCGAGCCGCCCUUCCCCGCGGGGACCUGGACGCAGCCCGCAGACCCGAGCCGCCCUUCCCCGCGGGGACCUGGACGCAGCCCGCAGACCCGAGCCGCCCUUCCCCGCGGGGACCCGGACGCAGCCCGCCGCCGGAGCCGCCCUUCCCCGCGGGGACCCGGACGCAGCCCGCCGCCGGAGCCGCCCUUCCCCGCGGGGACCUGGACGCAGCCCGCAGACCCGAGCCGCCCUUCCCCCGGAGACCUGGACACAGCCCGCAGACCCGAGCAGCCCUUCCCCCGGAGACCUGGACGCAGCCCGCAGACCCGAGCCGCCCUUCCCCGCGGGCCUUCGCUGCCGGCAGCCGCAGGGACCCGAGCCCUGCACGGGGCCUGCGCCGGGUCGCCGGCAGCUUCCGGGGUGCUGGGGUUGGGGGGCUGGUGGUGAGGAGGCUGUGGACGUCCUCGGCGCCCCUCUGAGGGUGCUCGGGGUGGCUCUCCCGUCGGAGCCCCAAUAG